CGGAUCUUUUAGCAAAGAACAGGUAGCAUUGAUAUAAUGAAGAAGCUCUUGGUCUUAUGUUUUAUUUUGCUCUUUGGCUUUACCAUGGGGUCGACUCAGGGUCACCAUGCUGAAAUGUGUUUUCCACAAAUGAACAGGCAAGAUCUGUUCGACUUAGCCGUGACCUCUGGCGUCAAGGUUCUGAUUCGCCAGGUGGAACUGUUUAACGAGGACUUGCCGAUCUCUUCAAGUAUGAUGGUUCAAAUCACGUCCAUGUUCUCCAAGUUUAUUUUGUCCGGGAAGAGCAUUAAGUUCAUCCUCAGGCUGAUUUAUGUGGCAUGCAAGCUGAACAAACCCACGCCAACUGAAUCUAAGAAAGAACAAGCUCGAAAAGUCGAAACAGCCUACCUAUGCUUGCUGGAGUUGGGUGCAGAAAAGUGCUAUUCAUAUAAGGACAGGGAUGAAGGCGACUUUUCUGUAGAGAUUCCAUGAAUCAAGGAGUUUUUGUCUUAGUUCGUCAAAUAAGUGCUUAAACUUAUAAAUAAUAUCCCUACUGUUCUUAGUA